AUGUUAUCGGAAGUGGUACUUAGCUCUUCUUCAACGGAUACUCUUAUUAAUCUAAUAGAUUUUCGUACCGGUACCUCAUAUACUUCUUUUAAACAAAAUAAUUGUUUUAAUCAUGCUUUAGCAUUAAUACCUUAUCCCGGGCAAUGUGAUAGAAUUGGCUUAAUAAUUUCUGCCCAAUUGGAUAAAUCCUUAUUACAUAUAUAUUCAUUUCAAAAGGAUCAAGUACAUUUGAAAUUUAUAAGUCCUGAAAAAAUAAUUGCAUUAGCAGUAUCAAAUAAAGGAACCUUUUGCGCUGGUGGAACUGAUAAUGGAAAAAUUUACAUUUGGGAGAUUUCCACAGGAACAUUAUGUAAAGUAUUUGAUGCACAUUAUAAAAAAAUCAGUGUAAUAAAAUUUACUAGUGAUGAUUCCGCAUUGAUAUCUGGUAGUGAGGAUGCCGUUGUAAAUGUAUGGUUAUUACCUAGCAUAUUGGAUGAUUCGGUGGAUGAAUCACCUUCACCUUAUUAUACGUGGUCAGAACAUUCAUUACCAAUAACUGAUAUUUGGUGUGGAAUAGGAAGUUUUAAUACGGCCAGAAUCGUAACUUCUUCAUUAGAUCAUACAUGUAAACUAUGGGAUUUAUCGACAGGAUAUCUUUUAACAACAUUUAUAUUCCCAACAGCAAUAACAUGUAUAAUAGUUGAUCCCGCAGAAAGGAUGUUUUUUGGCGGGGGUAAAAAUAAUUUAAUCUAUCAAGUAUAUUUAUAUAGAAAACGAGAAAAUAGUAAUUAUAACACAUUUGGUGAGGAAAUGAGUUCCGUUGGUGGUGCUGGUUCGAUUCAAGAUAUUUCUUCUAUGGAUGAUGAAAAAGGAAAUUUAUUCAAAGGACAAAAUUCUGCGAUUACUGCGCUUGCACUUUCGUAUGAUGCUUCAUUAUUGUUAGCAGGUUCACAAGAUGGAACAUUGAUGAUAUGGGAUAUUGCAAGUAGACAAAUGAUAAAAAAAUUUUCACAUAAAGGACCUAUAACGAAUUUAUUUACGUUCUUAAAACCACCAGAUUUAAACUCAUCUUCAAGCAAUUUAUCAAAUAAAAUUAUGAUUCAACCUAUACAAUUAUUUCAAAGAAAUACUUUGCAACAUUCUUCUAAAGAUAAUUUUGAUGAUAAGUGUGUUAAUAUCAUAUUGAAUGAUAAUACAAAGGAUAUGACAUUAUUCGAAAAUAAUUUUAUGGGUCAAAACAUCGCAUCUCCGGAACUACAUGAUUUACAAAAAGCAAAACAAUCAUUACUUCAAUUUCAAGUAAGUGAUAAAUCACAAAUUUCUUCAUUACAAUCAGAAUUAUUACGUGUACAUAAUCAAUAUCAACGUGUUAAAGGAUUACAUGAUGAAAUGUAUCAAGAAAUA